CAGGUUCGGCCCCUGUCCCCUUGCUCGGCUCACACGCGGCGGGAUCGGGAUCGGGCACCGGGAGAGGGAAGGAGGAAACCCCGGGAAUGGAGCUGCCCCCCCCGCCCGCCUGAAGGGACCGGGAACAUCGGACACCGAACCCCCGGUAGCGAGGCCUCCGGUACCGAGCCCCCGGUUCGGCAAAGCCCGGGUGAUGGCCAACAUAACAACUCCAGCCUGGACCAGAGUCAUCAACAGCUCCUUGGAGCCAGAUAUCUCAGGAGACAACCCCUACAAGUGCACAUUUGAUGAGGACUUCAAAUAUGUCCUGCUGCCCAUCUCCUACGGCAUCGUCUGCGUCGUGGGGCUCUUCCUCAACCUUCUGGCCCUCUAUGCCUUCAUCUUCAGGAUCAAGACCUGGAAUGCCUCCACCACCUACAUGUUCAACCUGGCUGUGUCUGACACACUCUACGUGGUCUCCCUGCCCCUCCUGGUCUAUUAUUAUGCCAUGGGGGACAACUGGCCCUUCAGCGUGGGCUUGUGUAAGAUCGUCCGCUUCUUGUUUUACACCAACCUCUACUGCAGCAUCCUUUUCCUCCUCUGCAUCAGCAUCCACAGGUUCCUGGGCAUCUGCUUCCCACUGAAAUCCCUGCAGUGGGGACAGGUUCGCUACGCCAGGAGGAUUUCUGUCAUUGUCUGGGUGGUGAUUGUCACCUGCCAGUCCCCUGUCCUCUUCUUCGUCACCACCAGCGUGAAGCGUGACACCAUCACCUGCCACGACACGUCCAGCAAGGACCUCUUUGGCCAGUUUGUCAUUUACAGCUCGGUGAUGUUGGUGCUGCUCUUCUGCAUCCCCUUCCUCAUCAUCAUCAUCUGCUACUGCCUGAUGGCCCGGAGGCUGCUGCAGCCCACCAGAGGGAUCUCCCGCCUCUCCCGGUCCAAGAAGAAGUCAGUCAAGAUGAUCAUCAUCGUCCUGGUGGUCUUCAUUGUUUGUUUCCUUCCUUUCCAUGUCACUCGUACCCUGUACUACUCCUUCAGGAGCUGGGACCUCAGCUGCCAAACCCUCAAUGCCAUAAAUUUAGCCUAUAAGGUGACUCGGCCCCUCGCAAGCACCAACAGCUGCUUGGAUCCCAUUUUGUAUUUCUUAGCAGGACAAAGAUUUAUGAGGUUUGCAGGCAACAAAGUGCCCUGGAAGCCUCAAAAUGAGAUGGCCUUGGGCAUUGUCCCCAACAGUCACCUGGGAACCAGUGAGGACACGGACACCUUAUCCAAGGAUGUGAAAUCCUAGCUCUGCUCCAUCCUGCCCAGCACCUUCUCCAUGACAGAAGGGUUUAUCCCAGGUGUAGAGGGAGGUCAGGAUGCUCCUGGAGGCUUUUGGUGUUUGCAGUGCCUUGGCUUGCACUUUUUCCAGUGUGAUUUUGGGGUUUUUUAGGAAAGAUUCCACCAUGGUUAUGCACACAAAACCCGAAAUCUCUUCCUCUUCAUCCCAGCCUGCCUCUCAUAGCUGAAGGGAAUUUCUCCACCAGUGGUGACCUUUGUCAUGGUGUCCAAAUCUGCUACAAUUAAAAAAGA